AUGCCUCGAGCGGCCCCAUCCAAGGUUGCCUGUCAGAGAUGUCACGAGAAAAGAGUAAAAUGCGACCGGAGUGACUCGGGUGAAGGAAGACCUUGCACCCAGUGUCAGAUUGCUCGCCUGAAUUGCAUCCCUAAAACCUCACGCCGGGGAAGUCCAAUGAUUAGUCUCACCCGACCCUUUAACAAUUCCCAAGUCGAUGCACCAGAGAGAAAUGUCCAACUACACGCGAUACAAAACGGAUCUGUUCAAACUCGCAGUGAGCAGACACCGCCAACCCUUGACCAACUCUUGACUACCCGAGCUCAGGCCAAUGCCGUUCAUGAAGGAUCCAUAUCCACUUUUCACAAUUUCCAACGCGAUCCAUCAGAGAGGAAUGUCCAGCCUUAUACCGGAUCGCGGCCGAUACAAAAUACAACUGUCCAAGCUCGCGAUGAGCAGACGCCUUACAUGGUCGACCCAUCGAAUAUAAGCUAUCUUAUUCGAGAGUUUGGUCACCCCCAGGAGGCUUCAAAUACCGAAGGCAGGCCAAUAGGGGAAUACCUACACAAAGCCAUGUUGGACACACUCGACCAGCCGACUGUUCAGCAUAUUGACAACUCCCGAAACUUUACAAUCGAGCGGCUGAAGCGUCAGGGAGCAUUUGAUCUUCCGGCGCCAGGCAUCGUUAGUCCCUUGUUGGAUACAUUCUUCCAACACAGUUUCCCUUCAAUCCCCAUUCUGGAUAAAUCAGAGUUCAUGACAAAAAUCGAAGCAAACACUUGCUCGCCACUUUUGUUGAAUGCGAUAUUCAUGGUUGCGACUAUAUACUGUCCUGGUUCACUUAUCAGCGAGGCUGGUUUUGUUUCUCGAUUCGUCGCCAGCCUUACCUUUUACCAUCGUGCGAAAGAUAUCUAUGAUGCGGGAUAUGAGACUGAUGCCAUCACCGUCAUCCAAGCUACAUUUCUUUUAUCACAUUGGUGGAGCGGUCCUCUCGAGCAAAAAGACCCUUGGUAUUGGCUUGGUGUGACAGCCGGGAUGGCGCAAGGGAUUGGAAUGCAUCAGAUGAAAACAUACUCGCUUCUUCAUGGUCAACGCCGAGCCUUGUGGCGAAGGAUAUGGUGGAUUGUUUAUGCUGCGGACAUCCAUAUGUCCAUGUGUCUCGAUAGAGUGCCACAUGUGUCAGAUAGUUUCUGUGAGAUACCGACGAUUACGGAGGUCGAUUUAGAAGAUUUGUUGGGUGAAGAUUUGCAGGGAGGCAUUGGCACAGUUCGUGAGCAAGUGUUGUUCGUAAUAAAUUAUGUUCAACUUGCUAGAACAGUGAAUGCUUCUCACCCUUGGCAAAACUCGGAACUAAACCCUUCGUUACAUAAGAAAUUCAUCGAUCGGAUUUCCGAAUGGUCAAAGUCAUUGCCGCUAGAGCUUGCUUUUCCGACAAGCAGGAGUCCAUGGGCAAUGUUAACCCAGAUCACCAAUGACUUAUAUCAACUUUUAUCAUAUCGAAAGAGCCCUGGUGCUGAGCGAAGCACAAAACCUGGAUCCCCAGUAUAUGAGAUAAGCACCAGGCUCUUUCGAAUAUUCGAGGACUUGAUGACGAGCUGCCAUUUCCUUUUCAUCGCUGGCCAUAUGUUUGUUUGUUUCUAUUCCUCGUGCUUGACGUCUGUGGUAACUCAUUCAUUACUAUACAGUUUACCAGCCACUAUGGCUACACUAUGUAUCCACAUCGCGAACGUCAGUCAAGGGGACUCCCAAGCCAGAAAGAUAUCCGAGCACCGGGCGAAAUUCUGCAUGUUCAUCCUCAAGGAGUCCGAGGAGUCAUGGCCGAUCAUUGCUUCUGUUUACCCUUUCUUCGCUUCGCUUUUCAAGCGACAUUCGAAUGGUGCUCAAGAAGAAGCAAGAAAUCCCCAAACAAACCAGAAGAAGGACGAUGCGGCUCCUGGAAGUGGACACUUAUCUGGUCGGGAGGACGAUUGGUUAUAUGAGAGACUUCUGCUAGAUGACGGUCCCGCAAUGAGCAAUCCUUCAUUUCCGUUCUGUAAUCUCUUCGACAUUUUUCUGACACCACCCUCUGAUGAUCCUACCUUGUGA